AGGUGUAUUUCUUCGGAUUUGAUGUAGUAUACAUCCCCCUAUCAAAUUAACCUAACUUACUUAAAUUAAUAUUCUUUUAAAACUCUGACAACUACUGGGUAUUUUCGGAUAUUUUUUUUUUUUUUUGGUUUUUCUUAAACAAUUUUGAAAGUAAUUUUCAUAGAUCUAAACAAGAAAACAUUUUUCAAUAUUUGAGUGUAUUUGUUUCUAUGAUGAGGACGUAACUAACACCAAUACUAUAAUUUCGUCAUUUCCAUUUACUAUAUAAGAAAAUAGAAAAUGUGCACGUACCGAACGCAAUACAUUGAAAUAUUAUGCAAGUGUAUAAGUAACUAAUUAUACAUAUAUACACACACAAAUACGAAUUUCUGUGUUUGGAUAUCCACCUUAGGAAUUACCUUUACAAAUUGUUAACGACGGAAAGUGUUCAGUCGAGACCGAGCUCAUCCGCGAGUUAGUUGUAUUUUCUCAUCCAACAGUCAAAAUGGCCGAUGUACCAAAACGUGAAGUUGAAAAUGUCGAAUUCGUAUUCGAAGUUAUGGGCAGCCCUAACGAAGGCAUUGAUGCCGUCGAUCUAGGUGAUGCUCUCCGUUCUUUGAACUUGAACCCCACUUUGGCCUUGAUUGAAAAGAUGGGUGGCACCAAGAAGCGCGGUGAGAAAAAGUUUACCAUUGAAGAAUUCCUUCCCAUCUACUCUCAAGUCAAGAAGGAAAAGGAUCAAGGUUGCUACGAAGAUUUCAUUGAAUGUUUGAAAUUGUACGACAAGGCCGAAAACGGCACCAUGCUCUUGGCUGAAUUGCAACACGCCCUCCUUUCCUUGGGUGAAAACUUGGAAGAUGAACAAGUUGAAGAACUCUUCGCUGACUGUAUGGACCCUGAGGAUGAUGAAGGUUUCAUCCCCUACUCCCAAUUCAUCCAAAGAUUGAUGAGCGACCCCGUCGUCUUCGACUAAACGCAUUUCUUGCCAGAAUGUGCGAUAGACCCGAUCAGCUAUAAAUUUUAUUUAACAUCUUUAAAAAUGACGUAGCUAACAACCAUUCUCCAUUGAUGUUAUUUAACUAUUUCAUCACACACUCUCUCUCGUAACGAUUAAUUAAUAAUUUAAUUAAAUUAAUUAAAACCAAAAGAAAAACUAAAAAAAAAACAAAACUGAAUAAAUUUGCAACAACAUCUGCAAAUAAUAUAAUAAUUUUCAUUAUUUUUUU